AUGGAAAUCAUCACCUUGAUGCCGCCAGGGCACCGAGCUGACGAGUCCUUGACGGCCUUUAACGAUAUUGGUCAGUACAAGACGGUCAAGGAAAAUACCAGGGAUGAAAUCCAAAUUUUUGCUAACGUAUACGGGUCUGCGUAUUACGGCUGGUUCGGCGGCAACUACCUGUCGGAACUACCCAAGGGAGAGGUUGAAAAAUUGAGCGAGCAUUACAGUCCCAUGCAUGUAAAGGGUCGGGGUAUGCGACUGGGCGACAACAACCACCGCCUGGUUAACGUCGAAACGUCCAACAAGGCUACACGACGAGCCUCUAAUAUGGUUAUAGACAGCGACGUUGAUGAGGAUAUUGGCAUGACCGAUAUGAGUAACCUUUUUACUCGGUGA